GCUCAGUGAAAAAUAUAAAUCUUCUCAUCGCUGAAAAUCUUCAAUGAAGAAGGAAACAUUAUUGAAGAUAAUAACAAGCAUUUUCAAAGACACUGUUUUGUCAGACCCCUGCACCGAUGAUGUACCUCCUCCUCCUAUUCUUAUUGACAAAGACCCCAUCUACAGGGAACGGGUCAUUCUGGACUCUCGGUGACGAGGCUGGCGGCUAGAAUACCUCGUAUACUGGGAGGACUAGGGCCCCGAGGAACAGUCGUAGGUUCUCCGUGAGGACAUCUUAGAUCCAGCUCUACUUACCCAGUUCCACUCCAACCACCCCGAUUGCCCCCAGACCUUGAGGGAGACCUUUCCGCCGUACUUACCCUUUCCCAACUGCCUUCGAGAGCUGCCUCGGGAGGAGGGGAUACUGUCAGGAUCCCAUCUCCACAACCAUCAACCUCAUCGUUCACUCCUCCCACUCGUUCACAUUCCCCUGACACUCCCGCGCCUCCCCUCCCUUUCUCUCUCAUGUUAAGUGCACCGCGUGCCUCUUUCUACACAACAUAGUGAAAAGGUGGCGGUGUUUUCAAUGUCCGUUCCUCCGUAUACUUUCUUUUUCGCGUAAACGUCAACAGUCACAGAUGCUACUGACAGAGAAGACGGCAGAUCGAGUUUAUAAUGACUUGACGAAAGAAAUUUACAACAAUGGGCAACAGUGUGUCUGCUCUAAAAGACCAUGGCUACACAUUAGUGAGUGAAGAAAAGAACAUGAUCCUGGUAAAAAAUGAAGCUGGUGACCUGUUUGUCAUUAAAAAGUUGAGCGCUAACCAGGAUGAAUUAAAAUGUCUCCUCCAGCUCAGUCAUCCCCACAUCGUCCAUCACAAGGAAAUCAUCACAGAUUCAGACUGUUCAUAUCUUCUUCUGGAGCACUGCAAAGGUGGAGAUCUUGCUCAGAAAAUCAAAAUCAAAAAGAAGGAAACGGAUCAAUUUUCUGAGAAUGAGAUUCUAGGCUGGAUUGUGAAGAUCUGCAUGGCUUUGAAAUACCUGCAUGAUAAACAGAUCCUGCAUAAAAACCUGCAGCCAGAGAGCAUAUUCUUCACUACAUUUGGAACCCUCCGUCUUGGCGAGUUUGGAGUAAUUCAUCAAUGGUCUACUGAAAUGCCACCAGUAGAAAAUAAACCUUCAUAUGCUGCACCUGAGAUUUUGAGUGGCAAACCUUAUGAGGAGAAAACUGAAAUAUGGAUGUUGGGAUGUCUCCUCUAUGAGCUUUGCAUGCUGAAGUGUAUGUUUCCAGUUGUUGGGAAGACACUCAUAUCCUCUUAUGAAACUCUUCCUCUGACCUUCUCUGAGGAUCUUCGUCAGCUGAUAAAAGACACACUUCAACCUGAUCCAGCAUGCCGUCCAUCUGUCAGCGAGAUCUUAACCAGACCUUUUAUUAUUAAUCAUCUUCGGGAAAAGAUUUUGCUAACUAUUAAGACUCUUAAUAAGAAACUAGAGGACCUAAGAGCACUAGCUAAUAAUUUGGAAAGAGUCCAUUUCAACACAACCGUAGGCAGUCUCACUGGAGGUGUAAUGGGAUUGGCUGGAGGAAUCACAUCUGUGGUGGGACUUAUUCUCUCUCCGUUCACUCUUGGAGCUUCUCUGAUAGUAACCGGAGUGGGAAUCGGCACGGCAGUAGCUGGAGGAGUAACUGCUGGUACCUGCAACAUAACAAACAUGGUUAACCGGCACACAAACCGGCAAAAGAUCAAAAUGCUCAUAAAAGAGUUCCAAGAAAAGAUUUUCUCUACAGGUUGCUGCAUUCAAAACAUCCAAAUAGCUGCGGAAACUUUAAAAAGACAGUUUUCCACAAGCGAUGAUGCAUUUUCCAAUGCACAACCAGGGGAAAAUGUUGGAGCUCUACUUGGACAAGGACUGGGAGCAAUUCCAGAGAUUUUCCAUCUAAUUGAAAUUGCAAAUAUUGGGAAGGUGGCUGCAAGAGCUGUUCAUGUGGCUGAAGCGGCUUCAGUAGUUUUGUCUGCACUUUCAUUAGCUGUUGAUGUCUUCUUUGUUUUUCUCGACUCUAAAGAAAUCCACAACAUCCAUCAAGAUAAAGCUUUAAAAGAGAGGGGAAAAGCAUCAGCAUCCACCACCAACCAAAACACUGAGUUGACAGACAAGACAUCAAAUAACAGCGACACAACAAAUCUGUUGGCAGAAGAGCUGAAGUCUGAGACCAUGAAAUUUGUAGCAAAAAUAAGGAAGACCACAGAUGAGCUUCAGACAAUUCUGGAUACACUACAAGACAUAAUGCAACCAAUCUCUGAGACACCAAACAACAACAACUAAAAAUUGUUAGUUAAGAUCAGUGUUUUCUUUAGUCAUAAAUUGAUUAUAGUUGUAGCAAUGGUUAGGUUUAUAUUCUGGGUUUCCAUGAUCAAAUACCAUAUAAAAUAAAAUAAUGCUCAUUCACAGGGAGUACAACAAGCUGAAAUGCUUCUGUUGUGACUUUCUUACCUUUAUUUCCUUGAUAUUUAGGAAAUCAGAAAUCAUAGCACCUUUUUUUGUCUUUAUAUGUUUGUGGUUUCUUAAUGUAAUUUUCUUUCACUUGCACUAAAAUAAACGUAUUUUGAUUCAAUUCA